GAAAGCGGCCUGUUUGGUUGUUUGCGGUGCAGAAGCCAGUGAUGGAGUUUCUUCAAAAUGGCAGUUAGAUCAGAACUUAGCGAGCAGAAGUUAGGGUAUAUAAGGGAGUUCGUGAACAACAAAGACCCAAAGGAAGAAUAUAAACUAAUCCAGAGCAUUGGAACUGGCACAUACGGCGAGGUUUACAAGGCCAUUCGGUUAAGGACAAAGGAAUUCGCUGCUGUCAAAAUAAUUAAAGUCGAUGCUAAGGAUGAUGUACGUGCUAUACUUCAGGAGAUACAAACCCUCCGCGAAUGUCGACAUUGCAACAUCGUACAGUUCUUCGGUAGCUAUUUCAGAAAUAACAAAUUGUGGAUAUGUAUGGAGUUCUGUGGAGGAUUCUCUAUGCAGGAUAUUUACACAAAUAUCCAGAGGCCUAUUGAAGAGAAUUGCAUAGCUUUUGUAUCCAGAGAAACUUUACGAGGCAUAGAAUACAUGCAUAAAGCAGGAAAAAUACACCGUGAUAUUAAGGGUGCAAAUAUUCUACUGACGACUGAUGGUGAUGUCAAAAUUGCCGAUUUUGGUGUUGCAGCUCAAAUCACGCAGACAAUUCAACGUCGAAAUUCUUUCAUUGGAACACCAUACUGGAUGGCACCUGAAGUUGCAGCUGUUGAACGUAAAGGUGGUUAUGAUGAAAAAUGUGAUGUAUGGGCUUUAGGAAUUACUGCUAUUGAAUAUGCUGAACUACAACCUCCACUAUUUGAUUUACAUCCUAUGAGAGCUUUACGAAUACUUGGUAUGCGUAGUUACAAACCACCAGUACUUCGAAAUAAAUCUUUAUGGUCUCAGAAAUUUCAUAAUUUUCUUAAAGCAUCAUUGACAAAAAGUGAAAAGAAAAGACCAACAGCUCAAGCUUUAUUACGACAUGAAUUUGUUAAUCAACCACAUUUAACUAGACUAUUAACAUUGAAGUUAUUAGAAACUAAUCGUAAUCCUAAUAUUAAUACUACUACUGCUACUACUACUACUACUACUAAUAUUAAUAAUAAUCGUUUAUCUGUUCAUGGAAAUAAUUCAACGAAUCAACAAAAAUCACAUAUAAAACAAGGACAAAUCCAAGAAGAAUAUUCUGCUUUAUUAGUUGGACGACCAGAUUAUCCUAUGGUAAUGAAUAAAUUACCUGUACAAAGUCCUAAUGAAGAAUAUAAAGAUCGUACACUUGUUCGAUCUCAGAAUGUACCUCAAACAUCAUCAACCGAUAAUCAAUCAUUAUCUGAUAUAAAACGUCCUAUUUCUUCAACAUCAUCAUCAAAUCGUCCAGAACCAUUAAUAAAAAUGCAUACACCAUGGCAAUCACAACAAAUUAAAUCGGAUCAAUCUUCACCAAUGAAUUUAUCAAAACCAAUUACAACUAUUGCUGAAGUAAUUGUACAAAAAUCACCUAUUAUUUCUCCUAUGGAACGUAUACAAUCAGCUAGACCUCAGCAAUUUCUAAUUGAACAUUCAAUAAUCAAUGAUGGUAAUGCUUUGAAUAAUAAACUUAAUAUUGAUAAAUUUAAUUCACAUCAUCAUCCAUCUACAUCAAAAUCAAUUUUAGAAGAGAUUCGUAUUAUGGAUGAAUUGCCUACACCAUUUCCUGCUUAUGUUGCAUCAGCACCAACUGCUACACCAGCUGUUAAACCACCUGGAUUAAGUUAUCAAUUAAAUAAUUCUACAUCCAAACAUAUUGAAAAUAUUAUACAGAAAACUCCUACAACAUCAUAUUCUUCUGGUAUCAGUCAACCAUUGCAUACUCAAACGACUACCUAUGAUUUAUUGUCGACUACAGUGGUUGAUUCACAUAAAAAGCAUCAUCAUGUACAACAACAACAACAACAUCGUCGAUCUUCAUCGAAUAAUUCGUCUAGUAUUUCUUCUGCUUCUACAUCACCACGUAGUUCAUGUUCAUCAAGUCAACUAGAUUUAUUAGAUCCGGUAUCUACUGAUUUAACUUCAGGAAGUCAUCAAACUACUAUUCUGUCAAAUUCUAAUUCGUCAUCUCCUACAUCAACAGGUUCUAGAACAUCAUCAUCUUCAUCAUCGUCAUCAUCAACUUCUUCAUCAGUUAGUGCAGAAGCAGCAGUUGGUGAUGAUGAUUUGAAUGGGGUCGAUGAAGAUAAUAUUUUAAUAUCAGCUGCUAAUGUAGAACACAAAUCAGAUUAUGUUGGUGUUGAUGAUGGUGUUGAAGAAGUGUUUUUAAAUGAAGAUAAAGAUUUAAAAUGUGUAGAUAAGCAAAAAGAUAAAAAAGAAGAAACUGAAAACUAUAAUCAUCAAGAGGUUUUGGCAAUUACUGAACAUACCAUCAUACAAGAUUCAUUGGAAGCACGAUUUUUACCUAUUGAUUCUGAACCGCAUGUUGUAGAAGCACAUUCAGUUCGUGUGGCACAUCAUAAUGUAAGUCCUGAAAAUGGUGAUCAACUAUGUCGAGUGACUGGUACUGUGAUUCAAAGUGUUGACGUCAGUAAAACAAUAGCAACAAUAUCUACUACUACUACUACUACUACUACUAUUAAAGUUAAUGGUACAAAUGCUCAGUCUAACGAUUCAUCUCUUGUCGAAUUUAAUAAAUCUGUCAAUUUAACCAAUGAAUCAAAUCAUGAUAACAUUCCUAAAUCAAUUAGUAUUGAUGAUUACACAAAAGCAGAGAAACAUCGAAAUGAUCAACAAUAUAAUCGUCAACAUUUAUCCAUAAGUGAUCAUAUAAAUUAUGAUAAUAAUGGUGAAGAGGAUGAUUUACAUGAUAUUGUACAUUAUACACCAGAACGUAUAUCACCAAUGUCAUUUGAUCGUGGUACAGUAACUACAAUUGAAUCACAUUUAUCUAGUAUAAUGGCUCAAGAUGAAAUUGAUGAUGGUCGAGAGAAUAAUAAUCUUAAUAAAGAGUUUGAUUAUUCUUCAUCAAAAAAGAUUAUUGCUGAUUCAGAAAAAUUUUCCGAAUCUCCACCAUAUGCUUGUCUCGAUGUACAUAAUGAUAAUCCAGAUGAAUGGGAUUUAGGUGUGGCUGAUCGUGAUUUAUUAGCCGCUGAUGGUUUACUCUAUUUAGAUCGUAGUCAUCCGGAAUCACUUAGCGAUCGAAUUAGUGAAUUUGGAUUUCGAAUUCAUGGUUCAUCUGAAGGUGAAGAGGAUCUAGAAGAUGAGGAUGAUGAUCCAGACGAUAGUGGAAUUCGAGAUGAAAUCAUUAUACCAAAUGAUUUAUCUAAUAUAAAUAUGAUGAAUUUAUGUUCAUUAUCAUCUAAUACAAAUAAUAUAGAUGAUAUUUCACCAACAUUAAGUCGUAUGAAUAAACAUAAUACAAAUGAUAUUACUAUGGAUACUACUUCAAUACAAAAAUUAUCAUUAUCAACCAAUGAUAAUAUUAAUUUAAAUAGUCAAAUGAUAAAUAAUAAUCAAAAUACUGAUCUAAAUCUUAACCAUAGAGAGAUAUUAAAUAAGAAUACAAAAUGUAAUUCUACUAUGACAAAUACUACUUCUAAUACUACUCAUACUACCAAUACUACUACUACUACUACUACUACUACUACUACUACUACUACUAAUAUUAAUGAUAAUAAUAAUAAUAACAGAUUAGUCAGUCAAAAAGAAUUGGAUUUAAAUGAUAUUGUUAAUUCUACUGGUCAUGAAUUUUAUCCAGAGAAAUCUGGAGAGGAAUUAAUGUCUUUAUUAAGACAAUUGAAAUUUGCUCAAAAAUUCGCUUGGUUAUCAGGAGCUUCUGUACUUCCAACAGGAUUAUCUGCAUUAACUAAUAUUCAAUCAAAUAAAUUAACUAAUAAUGAUAAUAAUUUGAAUCAUCAUUAUCAAUCUUUAACUAAUGGAAUAACAAAUGAAAUCUAUACAAAAAAUGAUACAUUGAAUAUAAUGAAAGAUACUUCUACUAUUAAAACAAUUAAACAAGAUAAAAUCAAUAAAAUUGAUGAUCAAAAAGAUGUAAUGAAGUUAGAUACUAUUAUUGAUUCUACUGUUGUUACUACUAAUCAUGAUCAUGGUGAUGAUGAUAAUAAUAAUAAAAAAUCGAUUAAUGGAGGAAUUACACUUCUAAAACAUAAUCAUUUAAAUAAUGAUUCUAUUUUAAUGAAUGGAGAUGAUUCUCAUUUAAAUCAAAUGAAUGGAAAAUUGAAUGAUAUACAAAAUGAUGGUCAUAUUGAUGAUGAUGAUGAUGAUGAUGUUGUUGUUAAUCUAAAGAAUGGUAAAAAUGAUAAUUCAUUUGUUAAACAAAAACAAAAUGGACUUGUAUAUGAUAAAACGGAUGUUAUUAUAAAUGGUCAAAUAAAUAAUGGUUUUGAUGAUAGUAAUGAAUUACCAUUAUUUAUGAAAGAUAAUACACUAUUGGAUAAUGAUUCAUCAAUAAAAUCUGAAAUGAAAUUAAAUCUAGAAACUAUAUCUACUACUUAUAAACUGGAUAAUAUUAGUUUAUCUACCCCUAUUAUUACGACUACCGUUUGUAGUAUUAACAAUAAUAAUAAUAAUAAUAAUAAUAGUAAUAUUGAACCACAUUCUCCUGCUGUUUGUACUACACCAACUGUUACAACAGAUAAUCAUUUGAAGUUAUUCAUGAUGAAUAUGAAAGAUUAUGUACAAGUAUCUAAUUCCUUACCAUCUACUCCUAUGUCAUCGUCAUUUGUACCAGCUAAUUUCAAUGUUAUUCCUACUAUUGAUAAGAAUACUAAUAAUAAUAAUAACAACGACAGAAUGAAAUUAGAAAGUGAUUUUCAAAUGACUAAACUAUCCGCAUUAGAGAAACAAGAUAUUACAUAUAGUAAAGAUAAUUAUUCCGUUAAGAAUUACACAUCUCUACCAUCGAGUACAAGUACUGCAUAUCCUUCAGAUGUAGUAAUAACAACAAAGUGUACAACUACCACGGGGACAAUAGAUCUAAUAUGUUCUAAAUCAACCAUCAUGGGAAACACACAUACUACUUAUCCUAUCAGUAGUAGCAGUAGUAGUAUCAUUACUACUACUUCACCUACUAUUGGUUUGUUAACAAAACCAGCACCAAUAUCUAUAUCCACUGAUAUUCAUCCAAUUGACAGUGAUGAUAUAGAAGUAGAUGAUAUUGUUUAUAGUAAUAUAUCAAGUGAAGGGAAAUCUCAUAUUGGUGGAUCAUUACAAUUGAUACCUCAAAGAAAAGAAAAGAAUAUGAAUAGGAAAAAAUUAUUUUAUCGGUCUAGUUUAUCACCUUGUUCAGAUAUUCAUCCAUUCCCAUCAUCGACAUCACUUGUAACAGGUUCUUUACCAAAAACAGAUGAUCAAGAGAUAUGCAGUAAUGAUUAUCAGAACAUAGCUAGCAGUGUUAUUCCACCGUCAACUUUACUAACAUCACCAAUCACAAAUACAGAAACCAUUAGAACUACUGCAUCAAUAUCAUAUCUGCUUUCAAAUCAGCCUCUGGCAUUGCAACCGCAUUUAAAGAUGGUUUCCAGUAUAGAAUUGAGUGGUAACUUAAACGGUAAUGAUAAUAAUAAUAGUAAUAACCGAUCCCACAACGGCAACUUCUCAAAGGACUCACCACUUGUUUCUUCAGUGAAACUGCAUAGACGUGUACCUGCCCCUACUGUUACUUCAUCUGUUCUUACUAAUAGUGAUACGAUCGCUACUACAAUAUCGAAAAUCGCCACUUCACCCGCUUUAACUUCUGUUAUAAAUCCUGUUAAGGCAAAUGAGACGAAAAUAUCACGUUCAUCUAUGAUUGAAUUAAUAAGUUGUCCUAAUAAGGAUGUGUCCUACCCAGGUCAAAUACUGUCAUCGAUUCCUCCACCACUCCCUUCGCUGACAUCUUCGACACCACUAUCUAAACCACAAGGAAAUAUGGGUGCUUGUUUUUCACUAGUAUUUGAAGGUUGUCCAUUAAAGAUUAAUUCAACUGCAACAUGGAUUAAUCCAGCUAAUAAUGGUAAUAAAAAUAAUCAUUAUAUAUUUGGUUCAACAAAGAGUGUUCUCUAUUGAUUGAAUUCAUUUACAAUGCUGUACAAUCAAAAAUAUAUACGCUUAUUGUUUCAGGAUGAUAGUAAUCACAAUAAUGCGGUAUGACACCUCGAAUUAAUGUACGGACGUACGUACGUAUGAAGUUCUACAUUGUUACUGACUGAUUGGUAAUUACAUUAAUUACAAUAAUAUUGAUAGGAAAAUUCUAUUAAACAUGGUGACAAUGAGGUAGAAUGAUAUAUUUCAUCUAUUUAACAUUACCGAAGCAGCAAUAGUCAAUACAUCUUGGAAAACAAGACUUGUGUGACCAGAAGAAAUUGGUGUACAACCUUUUUUUCUACCAUGGUCUUAAUAUCUUGUCAUCUUCUUUCUUCCAAUUUUUCUUCCUUCAGAGAUGUCCACUUCUU